AUGGUGACUUCAGCCUUAUUGACCGUUUAUGCCAUAGGCUUGGCUGAGAUUUUUUUGGGCUUGGUGGCAAAUGCCUUCAUUACAAUCGCCAACAUCUUGGACUGGAAGGCAGGCAAGAAAUUGAAGCCCUUUGAUAAAAUCUUUUUGAGCCUGGGACUCUCUCGCUCAAUCCACAUGUGUCUCUUCAUCUUUAACAUUAUCAUUCGAGUCUUCAACCUUAACGUUUAUGGAAUUUCUGCUCUUAACUGGAUCCUUAACUUGACAUAUUUAUUCCUAGACUUCUCCAGUCUUUGGUUUGCCAUGUGGCUCUGCUUCCUCUACUUCGUCAAGGUCACCAUCUUCAAAAACACUUUACUUAUUCGUAUUAAACUAAGAAUUCCCCAGCUUGUGCUAUACAUGAUCAUAUCAUCUAUAUUGAUGGCAUUGCUCUCUGGCUUAAUAUUUGUCGGCAACUACAAUGACCCUUUGGAUUUAAUGUUUCCCAGAUUCGACCCACAUAGCAAUUCAAGCAUCGAGAAAGAAAUUAUGUUCCUACUGCCAUCUUACUUUCUUGGACAUUUUCUACCUUUUAUAAUGGUCAGCAUUUCAACAACAUUUUUGGUCCGAACGCUCGUGGGUCACGUGACACGUAUAAAAAGCACCAUCACAAGCUUUACGACACCCAAGAUGGAUGCCCAUUUUACAGCUAUUAGAUCUGUUUGUCUGGUGGAGUUCACGACCAUCUGUUACUUUAUUGUGACUGUUUUACUGCGUUUUAAUUCCUAUCAAACCUUUGAUAAUAAUGUUAUCUUUGUGUUUGUGAUCUUCUACCCAACUUUUCACUCCAUGGUACUGAUAGCGGGAAAUGCAAAGCUGAAAAAGAAGUUUUUCAAAAUUGUCUACUAUGUUAAAAAAUGGGAACCAAUGGGAAGCAUUUGCAGCAUACUUAAGAAACCCAAAUAA